UAAAAAUUUCUUUAUACGUCAAAAAAUUACUCUAAAUAGUUUUUAUACAGUGUAGGGAUCGCGAAUAGUAUAAAGUUUUUGAUCGGCAAAAGAAAUUAUACGCGUUUUCUUAAAAAGUAUUUGGUACGCCUACGAGUCGUUCUAUCUCGUAGUGAACGCGCGUUAGAUGGAAAUAAAUUUCUCGGAUCUUUUAUCUGAAAACUUCGAAAUUAGAAAAUACAUGUUUACGGUAGUCCGGAAAUGUAUUAGCGGUUUCGUUGGCGAGAUUGAGAAUGUUUCGAAUCGACUUUCCGUGGAAAAGGAAGCGUGGGAAAAUUCGAGAACGCGGGAUCUUCAAACAGCGAAGGAAAGCAAUAUGGCGUCGGCUGCGCAGCAAAUUUGGCGGGAAUGUUUGGCGCUGGUUUUAUCAUCGAUAUUAUCUCUUCGAAUGUUUGUCAGCGUGCAAUACGGCCGCCACCAUCUGAUGGAUGCUUCGACGGGUUCGGUCACGCUCAUCGCCGUUUCCUUCGAACACCGACUAAUGGAGACCCUUGUCAGCCAAUUCGUCAGAAUUCGAAUCUUUUCGAUCCGAUUCUAUUGUGCAUCCUCGUCGACCAGCGCGGAAACGGUGACCAUCCAGGCGAUGCAAUCAAGGACACCAUAUCAGCAUGGAAAUUUGUUGAUAAGGAUAGAGGUUUAUUUUUAA